AUGGCGGCGAAUGCGGUGGACGGAACGGGGAAUCCGAUCCCUACGUCGGCGGUUUUAACUGCAUCAGCGAAGCAUUCUCAUGCAAAUUUAUUGCAACACGUCGCCUUCUUUGAUAUUGAUGACAAUGGCAUCAUCUACCCUUGGGAGACCUACUCAGGACUGCGAAUGCUUAGUUUCAAUAUCAUUGGGUCGAUUAUAAUAGAUGGUGUCAUUAACCUGGCCCUUAGCUAUGCUACUCUACCGGAAACACUUUUCUUCCUCCUCCGCGUAUAA